UGGCCUCCAAGGCCUUGGGAAUCCACUGGGGCCCUGUAGCAGCCCCUAGGAAAAUUCCUUUUUUUUUUUUUUAAGAUUUUAUUUAUUUAUUUGAGAGAGAGAAUGAGAGACAGAGAGCACGAGAGGAAAGAGGGUCAGAGGGAGAAGCAGACUCCCCGCUGAGCAGGGAGCCCGAUGCGGGACUCGAUCCCAGGACCCUGAGAUCAUGACCUGAGCCGAAGGCCGUCGCUUCACCAACUGAGCCACCCAGGCGCCCCCUAGGAAAAUUCCUUGAAUUAACUGUGUCCCUAUUUUGUUCCUGAAGUUUCCUCCAGGAAGCCCUCUGACCACCAUCUAGGUCCCGGAAGCUGCUCAGCCUUGAACUCUGGGCAGACCCCACCCAUUCUUGGCAGGUCAACUUUGGGUAAAUCAACUCCCGCAGCUAUUAAAUGCGAGCCUGAAGCCCAGCCCAGACAGGAUAAAGCAACCGUAGGUCACAGGCCCCUUCCAAAGGCUUUUCCCUCCAGCUUGUAGGGGGUGCUGAAGGCAGCCCAGGGGUGAGGAAUGAGGCCUGGGUGGCCGCCUGCAGCCCCCACUGGAAUCCUCCCUGCCCCUCCCUUCCAGAUUAACUGAAACCUGCUAAUUGUGGCAGUCCUCUGCACGCUCCCCUCCCCCACCGCCGAUUUCUCCCUCCCUCUGCCUCCCCUCCCCUCCCCCUUCCAUCCGAAUGAUAAAGGGUCUGGCCCGCCAGGCCCGCCGGCCUCAGGCCCCCAGCCUUGCCUCACCACACUGCCCCAUUGCCUUGCCUCCACGGGGCCAGGCCCCUGCCCACGGUGCGUGUCUCCCCCUGCAUGGGACCCUGCAGCAACCCACGCCUGGGGCUUCCUGGGUCGGAGUCUUCCUCCCAGCCCCCCAAGAGAAGGAAGAAGAGAUACCUGCGGCAUGACAAACCCCCCUACACCUACUUGGCCAUGAUUGCCUUGGUGAUCCAGGCCGCACCCUCCCGCAGGCUGAAGCUGGCCCAGAUCAUCCGUCAGGUCCAGGCCGCGUUCCCCUUCUUCAAGGAAGACUACGAGGGCUGGAAGGAUUCCAUCCGCCACAAUCUCUCCUCCAACCGAUGCUUCCGCAAGGUGCCUAAAGAUCCAGCGAAGCCCCAGGCCAAGGGCAACUUCUGGGCAGUCGACGUGAGCCUGAUCCCGGCCGAGGCGCUGCGGCUGCAGAACACGGCCCUGUGCCGGCGCUGGCAGAGCAGGGGCGAGCGGGGAGCCUUCGCCAAGGACCUGGGCCCCUACGUGUUGCACGGCUGGCCCUACCGGCCGCCCAGUCCCCAGCCACCACCCAGUGAGGGCUUCAGCAUCAAGUCUUUGUUAGGGGACCCCGGGGAGGGGGCACCACGAAGCAGCCCAGGUCCAGCGGGCUCUGGGCACAGUGGGCAGAAGGUGAUGCCCACCCCACCCCUGCCCUCUGAGAGGCCUCUGUGGCCCCUCUGCCCCCUUCCUGGGCCCAGGAGAGCAGAUGCGGAGACUUCCCAGGGCGGAAGCAGCAGGCCCUCGCCCCUCUCCCCUGAGCACAGAGCCUGGCCCCUCCACUUACUGCAGGGCUCUCCAGAUCCUGGGGGGCUGUCCAGUGGGAGUCACAGGGCCUCGCUGUGGGGGCAGCUGCCCACCUCUUACUUGCCCACCUACACUCCCAAUGUGGUAAUGCCCUUAGCCCCACUACCGCCCACACCCUGUCCCCAGUGCCCACCUUCAACCAGCUCAGCCUACUGGGGGGUGGCCCCUGAAACUCAUGGCCCCCCAGGGCUGCUCUGGGAUCUAGAUGCCCUCUUUCAGGGGGUGCCACCCAACAAGAGCAUCUAUGAUGUGUGGGUUAGCCACUCCCGAGAUCCAGCUGCCUCCACCCCAGGCUGGCUCCUCUCCUGGUACAGCCUGUGAGGCUCCCAGGGCAGGGGAG